AUGUUGGAUAACAAAAGAGUGCCUGCAACGCUAACCGAAGGAAUAAUCUCGCUAAUUUUCAAAAAAGGUGACAAUAAACUUAUCAAAAAUUACCGCCCCAUCAGUCUACUGAAUACUGAUUACAAAAUCCUAACAAAAAUUCUAGCAAAUAGACUAAAACAGGUUUCGGGUUCCAUCAUAAAUAGUACACAAUCUUACAGCAUACCAGGAAGAGACAUCAGUGAUUCCAUAUUGACCAUAAAAGAAACAAUACAUAACAUGCAGAAAGACAAAGGGUUUCUGCUCAGUAUAGAUCUUGAAAAAGCGUUUGACAGAGUUGAUCACACUUUUCUUUUCAAUAUUCUACAGGCUUUUGGUUUCGGUUCAAAAUUCAUCAACUGGAUAAAACUUCUUUACAAUAAUGCAAAAAGCUGUAUUAAGGUCAAUGGUUUCCUCACAGAAUUUUUCACAAUAAACAGAUCAGUUAGACAAGGUUGCCCACUAUCAGCACUACUCUAUUCAAUAGUAGCAGAACCCUUAGCUCUUCAUAUCCUACAGGACAAAGACAUUAAAGGAAUACCAACAGGUUACAACAGAACAACAAAAAUAACCCAGUAUGCAGACGACAUAAACAUCAUGGUUUUAGACAGCCAUAGUAUCGAUAAGGUUUUGAAACACAUUCAUGAUUACGAGAAGGUAGCUGGAGCGAAAAUGAACCUGGAAAAGAGCGAGAUUAUGUUUUGUGGAUCAAAUGUUGACAGCGUAAAUAAAUGGAACUUUGCAGAAGUAAACAAACCAAAAAGAAUCCUGGGUGUUUAUGUUGGGAAAAACGAAAAUGAAGCAACAAGAACCAACUGGGAAAUAGUGAUUACCAAAACAAAAAAUAUUCUCAAUCUCUGGAAAGCCAGAGGUUUAACACUAAAAGGAAGGGUAAUUGUAACAAAUGCACUAGUACUGUCCAAAAUCAACCAUAUAAUGGGGGUCUGUGAGUUGCCGCAUUGGGCGCUAAAUUCACUCAAUAGUGUAAUAUCCUCCUUUUUGUGGAGAGGAAAGGGAAAUCUGAUCGCUCACAGAGUGCUAAUUGCUAACAAAAGGGAGGGGGGUUUAGGGCAGAUUGAUAUUGGAGCCAAAAAAGAUGCGCUCAGGGCAAAAUUAAUUAGUAAAUUUCUAGAUCCAAACAGGCACUAUCCCUGGGAGGACGCGCUGGCAAGCCAAUUGUCCAACUUCGGGCUGAGGGACGUACGCAAUCUGUGUAUACUUCACCCGGAGAAGGUAGUUGGUGAGCUUAAGCCGUUCUACCGGGAGAUUGUUGAGGCAUGGGGCAAAUUGCUGCCCCACCUCAUGCCGAUAUGCAGGAAUAAAGAGGAUGUGUUUCGAUUACCCUUCCUUAAAAACCCUUGUUUUUUGCAUAAGGGGAAAACAAUAACGAGUUCACACCUGAUGGAGGCUGGUCUGUUGUGGAUCAGAGAUAUAAUGAAUGAUGACUUUAGCGUCAAACUAGAUUUUAUUUUUGGUGUGCUAAAAAACAAAAAUAUUAAUUUCAGAAAAUGCAGCAUAAGGUCAAUUACGGAAAAAAUAAAAAAUACAGUAACUCUGUUUUGGGAAAGAAUAAUGCAGACAAAAGACAUCUCGAUGCAGAACGAUGACUUGAAUUUCCUCCUGUGCCAAAACAAUAACCCGGUCCCAGUGCAAGAGAUUAAAACAAAAGCAUGGUACAAACUCCUCAUAGCCGAAAUCAAAAGAACUCCAACUACCGAAAAGAUCUGGGCUCAAAUCUUUCCGGGUUUUAACACCAAAUCAAUAUGGACCAGUGGGGGAGGUCUCUUCACUCCCCCAACGCUACAACAUCUAGAUUUCAAAAUUAAGCACAGGAGGAUUUUCACAGGCAUCGUUCUGCAUCAAAUCAACAAGGGAAAAUACGAAAGAAAAUGUAAAAAAUGCAAUGAACAGGAUGAAGAUUUGGAGCACCUCUUCUUGGAUUGUAGUCUUGUAAGAGCCUUCUACUCCACAAUACGGCGGACAAUACAGAGCGCCUGCAAUUUCCACUGUGGAAGUGACACGGAAUGGACUUUGCUUUUUUUAUUCGGACUAAAAAAGAAUUCUGCACAUCAGCAUACUCACAUCAUCAACACCAUCCUCAGCUACACAAGAUUUUCAGUCUGGACUGUCAGGAACUAUGCUUUAUACGAAAACCGGACUCUGUCACUGCUUCCUUUUUUCAAAACCCUAUUUCUGAACCAUCUGAAAAACUGCUUCUUCGCCAUCCCGGACACUUUCAAUCAGCUUUUGAACACUGGACACACUCUUUUUACAGUACAUCAAAACAAUAUCACACUUAAUUUAUGA